UAAACUGACCUACUUGUUUGUAACAGAUACAGCGACCACCAAAUACAAGUUUAUUCCGUUAGUCUAUUUCAGAACGUGAAACGAUGCGUUGGGGUAUCUGUUCGGCGGGGUUGAUUGCAACGGAUUUUUGCAAUGCCUUACAGUGUUUGGAUCCUUCAGAACACAAAAUAAUUGCGGUGGUAUCCAAAUCUUUAGAGAAAGCUAAGAAAUUUGCAGAGGAAUUUAAAAUACCAAACGUGUAUGACAACUAUGAAGAAUUUGCCAAAGAUCCCAACAUAGAUUUGGUGUACGUUUCUUCCAUCAACCGUUUCCAUCAUCCUCUUUCCGUCAUUAUGCUUAACAAUGGCAAGCCUGUUCUGUGUGAGAAAGCCUACGGUCAGAACACAAAGGAGACAAAAGACAUUAUCGAACUUGCAAAGUCAAAGAAAAUUUUUUUCAUGGAGGCUAUGUGGUCCAACUUCUUUCCGGCUUACAAAAAUAUUAAGCAAGAAAUCGACUCUGGAACCAUAGGAAAGAUACGCUAUUUAGAUGUGGCUUUCUUAGUUGAUAUAUUUUCAAAAGAAGAGAUAUCUCGAGGCUCCGUGGGUGGUGGAGGUCUGUUGGAAAUUGGUGUAUAUACAAUAUGGCUUGCAAACUUCAUAUUUAGACAGAAACCUGAAACUAUUACUGCUUGUGGUACAAUUGCUGGAACAGGUACUGAUCUAUCUGCCAAUAUCAUUCUGACUUAUAAGGAUGGUGCCAGAGCUUCAUUGUCCUUUAAUACUACGUUGGCAGGAAGAACUGAUGCAUAUAUUUAUGGAACUGAAGGCAAAAUUUACAUACAUCCACCAUUCUGGUGUCCGGAUAAAAUCGCGGUGAAUGGAGAAGAAAGAGAGUUUCCGCUUCCCAAAUCUGAUGCUAAAUAUACUUACGUCCAUAGCAACGGGUUGGCUUAUGAGGCUGAAGAUGUCCGUCAGUAUUUUGAGAAGGGUCAUCUCGAAUGUCCCGAUCACACCCACGCUGAUAGUUUGUUGCUUAUAAACAUAAUCGAUGAGGUUCGACGACAACUUGAGGAGACACAACACAAGAACUAAGGACAUUGUAAGGAAGAUCAGAAAACGAAAGAGAGAGAGAGAGAGAGAGAGAGAGGGGGGAUGCAUAGAGAAGAUGGGAAGUUAAAAUUAAACAACACGUUCUUCAUAUUAAUAUUCAUCAUCUGCGUUGUGUGUAUGUGUGCGUGCGUGUGCGUGCGUGAGAAAGAGAGAAAGAGAGAGAGAGAGAAAGAGAGAGAGAGAAAGAAGAGAGAGAGAAAGAGAGAGAGAGAGAAGAAAGAGAGAGAGAGAAAGAGAGAGAGAGAAAGAGAGAGGGAGAGACAGAGAGAGAGAGAGAGAGAGAGAGAGAGAGAGAGAGAGAGAGAGAAUGAGAGAGAGUGGUCAGUCAGAAGCACUCGGAUUUUUAAGUCUAAGCAAGAGCCGAUGGGUUUUGUUUAUAAUUUCUGCAAAGUGUUUUUCUGAUCAGUUCUGAUAUCUGCCAACCAUCAUUAAAUCGUUAUCUAUAAAGUGAACAGAGAGACCUGAAACCAUACACACACACAUACAUACAUAUUUAUAUAUAUAUAUAUAUAUAUGUAUAUAUGUAUAUAUAUAUAUGUAUUAUAUAUUUAUAUACAUAUAUAUACA